GGUACAGUUUUUAAAGAUGAUCCACUGUUUGCUCACAAGAAGUGCCCUCCCCCAAGCGUUCACAGGAUAUCCAAACACCCAGAAGAAGGAUGUACGAACGCUGGACGUUCCGGAUGGCACAUUGAUGGAAUAUAUGUUGAAGCACCAUAUAGCUACGCUUGAUAUCACAUGCCGUCCGUGCCGAAAAAAGGCGCCACAGAAUUUGUUGGCUUCAAGGAGUUGCUAGACAGUAUACCAAAUGACAAAAGGGAGAGAUGGGACAGACUGUGGAUGGUCAAUGAUAAAGGAGAUAAACUGGUCCAGCCUCUGGUUUAUUUACAUCCUGUCACUAGACUGCCGGUAAUGUGUAUCCAUCUUGGGAUGACGGAAGCUUUUAUCUGGGACAAAGGUACUCCGAAUGAGAGAAGAACGGAUAAGGAAGAAACUAAGGAGCUAAUUGAGGAAAUCACAAAUGAGAUCGAGAAAAACGGGAAGGAAUUAGUAUACUCACAUGAGUGGGAAGAGGGCGAGUUCAUCAUGACAGAUAACUUAGCUGUAGGUCACUUUGCCAGCGCAGACUCCCAGAGACCAAGGUCAGAGGUUGGACUACGGGUGCUACACCGUACAACCAUCAAAGGAACGUCUAAACCGAGCAAAACAGAAAAGAUAUAGAAAACAGAAACUGUUAAUUGAUAGGACAAUUUCUUCUAUAGUGAAAUGAAUACAAAAUUACUACGCAGUUACGUUGUCGAAAGCUGUCACAACAUAAAAAUAUUUAAUACAGUAUACUAGUAACAUGGCUUAAAAUUCUUUAACUGACGUCGGCUUAUGCUCGCAUGCAUUUUAAGUAGGAAUGCCAACGGUUAACUGUCCGAACGUCUGAUUAUCGUUUAGUAGAAUUAGUAGCUGUUUAAUUGCAUUUGUUUCUUUCAAGUAACUAAAAUAAUUCAUGAAAAUCUGUCUUUUGGAAAAUGGUCGCUACUGUGAACAAAGAAUAAACUGUAAUAUGCAUGUGUCACUGCUUGUUUAACCUCUAGCCCGCUGGCGGCAAGUGAUUCUGCAGUUGCGAUCAGUGUAGACCAAGAUCAGCCUGAUCAUGGUCUGCACUGUUUGCUAUUCAGUAAUAAAAUCUUCAGUGAACACCCAUUCAAAAAAUAAAAGGUAUUGACCAAAUUGAAAGAUGGACCAGUCCAUUUUAGAAUUUAGUAGGCUAAGGGUUAAUAUACAGUAAUGACAAUCUAGUUCCUAUAUUUUCGACAAAAGAACUUUGUACGUGAAUGUAAACUUGAGAGUCUAUAUAAAACAUCCAUGAUAUCAGUAUGAUUUAUGCUGUUGCCUUACUUUAAAUACUACGUAUUAGUGGAUUGUUGUGUUUUCAAGUCACACUUGCAAAGUUUAGGUGAUAUGCCCGCGUGUUCACUAAACAUUUUUUUCAGUCUCAGCUGAGUUUGAGUUUAAAACUUUUAUUUCUAUUUUACUAAAACUUCAAGCUUAAAUUCUAAAUGAGACUGACCAUUAAUACUGAAAAAUCACUUUAAAAUAGUUAUUAACUUAAAAUUUAGUCUUAAACAUGCUAUUUAGAUGUAAAUAA